UAGACGCUUGAUUUUGGAAACAAAUAUGGCAACCUACUAGUGCUGCACACCUCUCGAAGGUUGUUUUUAAUGCAAAGGUUAUCAUAAAUAUAGUGUAAAUAUGCUCAGCCUGACAAUAAGGGAGGUGUCUUUGGCCCUCAGGGAGGGGAGAAUCUCCCCAACUGAGCUCUGUAGGAAAUGUCUGAACCGCAUCAAGAAAACACGACAUCUCAAUGCUUACAUCACCGUGACGGAGGAGCUGGCACUGAAGCAGGCUCAAGAAGCAGAAACCAGACUGCAACAAGGUGCCCCCAAAGGUCCUCUAGAUGGCAUCCCAUUUGCAGUCAAGGACAAUUUCUGCACUGAAAAAAUCAAAACUACUUGUGCUUCCAGGAUGCUUAAAGACUACACUCCACCAUACAACGCCACAGUGGUUCAGAAGCUUCUUGACCAAGGGGCUGUUCUCAUGGGGAAGACCAACAUGGAUGAGUUUGCUAUGGGUGCAGGCAGUACUGACGGGGCUUUCGGUCCGGUGAGGAACCCCUGGAGCUACGCUGCUCCCUACAGAGAGCAGACAGGGGCGGCGCUGGACUCAGACUGGGUUGUCACUGGAGGAAGUUCAGGAGGAAGUGCUGCAGCUGUGGCUUCACUCACCAGCUACUUGGCUCUGGGAUCAGACACAGGUGGUUCCACCCGUAACCCUGGAGCACUGUGUGGUGUCGUGGCCCUGAAGCCCACAUAUGGUCUGCUGUCCAGACAUGGUCUCAUCCCCCUCGUCAACUCCAUGGACGUCCCCGGCAUUAUAACCCGCAGUGUCAGUGAUGCAGCCAUCGUCUUAGAUCUCCUCCAAGGCCUUGAUAUUAGAGACUCAACUACGAUUCCUGCACCCUCAUCACCGACAGAGCCACCUGAACUCUUUGAUGUCAAGAACAUCUGUGUAGGCAUCCCUAAGGAGUACCACGCCCCAGGGCUGUCUGAGGAGACUGUAGCUCAGUGGAGUCGUGUUGCUGACAUGUUUGAGAGGGCGGGGGCGCGGGUAAAGCAAGUCUCUCUCCCCCACACCCAGUACUCCAUUGUGUGCUACCACGUCCUGUGCACCGCCGAGGUGGCAUCUAACAUGGCCCGUUUUGACGGCCUAGAAUACGGUCACCGUAGUGAAGUGAACAGCUCUACUGACACCAUGUACGCGUCGAGCCGACACGAGGGCUUCAACGAUGUAGUGAGGGGGAGGAUACUGUCUGGGAACUACUUCCUGCUCAAACAGAACUACCAGCGCUAUUUCCUAAAAGCUCAGCAAGUCCGCCGGCUGAUCGCAGACGAUUUCAACCGAGUGUUCAGCUCAGGCGUCGACGUGCUGCUGACGCCCACCACUCUGACUGAUGCAGCCCGGUACUCUGACUUCACACAGGAAGACAACCGAACACGCAGCGUGCAGGAGGACGUCUUCACCCAGCCUGUCAACAUGGCCGGUCUCCCUGCUGUUUCUGUGCCAACUGCUUUAUCCGGACGCGGCCUUCCCAUUGGCUUACAACUCAUUGGCCCCGCCCUCCAAGACAAAAAGCUGCUCAGUGUUGCCCAAUGGGUUGAGCAGAGGGUUGGGUUUCCCUCCAUCAGUGACUCUGGACACUCCAGCGAGGGCAAAUAUGACGCAGGAAGGACCAAAAGAGAGCAGACUUCAGCUGCAUGAAGAGAAGUGUGGACACAUAAUGGACCUUUAGUGUAACUGAGAUGGACAUUCUUCCUUGCAAGGACAAUUUUGUCACAGUUUCAGUCUGUCACCUGCUGCUGUAUGUGUUGUCUGAAGAGGGUGCUAUUAAAUAUAUGCAAGUUGG